AAAAUGUGUAAAAAGUAAUUUUUCCAGGAAGUGCAUACAACUGCAAGUGGCCUUGACCUGCUUUUCGCCAUGUUUUGGGGUCGGAUAUUGGUUCGGAAAAAGAGCAAGAGAGAGAGAGUGAGAGCUGUCCUGGUGACCCGAAGUAAGUGACGUAGGUUCUCACACUUCAAUUUAGGUCACAGAAUAGUUGUUCUCGUUGAAGGCACAAAUCUCUAGUUUGGUUAUGUGAUAUGGUGAACUGAUAAUUGGAAGUUUUCGUAUGAGUACGACGUCAACUUUCGACCGGGACGCAGCGACUCCGCGAGAGAUGUCCGACACGGAGGAAGAUUCGGUCAGCUCGGACGGAUGGCCCAUCAACGAGGACUGGCUCGUCGAAGUGCUCAAGCAGCAUCACGAGGUGCGGUCCGGGAUACGAAUUACGGACUUUAAGGUGAAGCAGGGCUGCCAGGACGGCGUCAACAACCUUAGCGACAUCCUGGCGGUGGCGGUCGAGUACGAGUUCCAGCACGCGCCACCCCAGCUGGAAACGAAGCACCUGGACAUUGUGAUAAAGCUGCUACCGCAGGACCCGUUCAGCAGGUUCUUCGUCACCGAGGCCCAGUUCGAUCUGCGCGAGAUCAAGUUCUACACCCAGAUCCUGCCCGACCUGGUCGCGUUCCAGGAGUCGCACCUGUCCAAGGCGGACGGGGCCAGCAUGCUGGUGUCGGUGCCGACCUGCUUCUACACGCAGUACGCCCCGGCCAUCAGUCCAUCCCAGGGCAGUCCCGAGCCGCCCGAGAGCAUUCUCGUGCUGGAGGAUAUGCGGUCGCUGGGAUUUAAGGGUGCCAACUUCACGGCCGGUUUGACCGUGAGCCAAACCGAGGCCGCCAUCCGGUCCGUGGUGGCCAUCCAUGCGCUUUCGCUCGGUCUCAAGCUCAAAAAGAAGGUCGACGUCAAUGAAAAGUAUCCGUUCCUCUUCCAGACGACCCGCGCCACCGAAAGCUACCAGCAGCUGGUCGAGCAGGGCAUGCCUCAGCUGACCAAGUUCCUCGAGACGAAGCCCGGCUACGAGAACGAGCUGAAGGCGCUGAACCGGAUCCGCACCCGGACCAAGGAACUGAUCGAGACGCUGCUGCAGCCGAUCGAACCGAUGGGGCUGAUCACGCACACCGACUUCUGGUGCAACAACCUGCUGUUCCGGGCCGAGCAGGACGGCACCGACAGCUGUAUCGUGCUGGACUGGCAGAUGGUCACGUACAGCCGACCCACGAACGAUCUGGCACUGCUGCUCAUCUCAUCGAUUCCGUCCCAAAUCCGGCGCCAGCACGGUCCCCGUUUGCUGGACUUGUACUACAAUCUGCUCAAGUCCAACUGCCAAAAGCUGGACAUUGACAUCGAGGCCGACCUCGGCUACAGCCGGAACAAGAUGGAGCUCGAGUAUCGACAAUCCGAGUUGUUGGCCCUGCUGCUUUGCAUCGGAUCGAUCGACAUCGCCAUCGGGAAUCCCGUGGCCGAGCAGCGUCUGCUGGACGUCCUGCGUGACUUCAACGACGAGGGCGUGCUCAAUUUGGAAGGGUGCCUCUAAGAGCCCCGAAAGAAGAAACGGUGUUGUUUGUUGAGAAAAUUUGAGCUGAUAAAAAGCUAGUGUUACUGAAGAUACUAUUAGACUAAAGAACAAGAAGAAAUCUCCAUCUUUCAAAUCUAAACUUUAUAUUGCUACAACAAAAGUGUUACACAAUGCCCCUAAUCAAAGAAACAGUCAAUCCUAAUCAAAUUUACGAAAUGCCUUUUCCGUAAAACAAAACAGUGUUAAUUACCGAGCUGAACGUAGAUUGUAUAAAAUCGCAUCCAUUCUAACCACUCAACGGAGAAAAAGCAAGCAAACAUUUGGUUUCAGUUGCUCUAAACACGGUGCGUGUUAGUUCUUUGAAGUGUGCGCGCGGAAUCGCGCUAAACCCAAGUCCAUUAGAGAAUAUCGAAAGGUUGAAUCGCCGAAAUGUUUUGAUUAAGUAGAAAUUACAAACACACACACACACCUACACAAUUCGUAAACACACAUACACACACGAAACGCAAAUGAUAAACGUGAGAUUGCUGUAAUAAAGUGAAUAAAAUAAAGCACGGCGGCCGCGGCAGUGGGUUGCGUUGUUGUAAUGAUUGUUCGGCGUGAAAGAAAUUUGUUCCAUCGUGUAUAAAGGAGGUAAAACAAAUUUUGGCGAAAUUUAGAACUGUUUAGCAGCAGAGUACACGUAUUAAGUGGUGUUGAACGACCGAAAGCGGUUUUUGUAAUGCAAAUGAGGCAAUUUGGAAUGGGUUUCGACUGGCAGGGGUGGGAUGUUAGAGGUGAAAGUAAUUAGUUUGAGGUUCGUUGGACUCUUGUAGUCAUUUAAUGCGACUUGAUCGAUGUUUUACAAGAAGUUAACCGAAAAGGGUAUCUGUCCAGGAGAAGAUUUCAAGCUGUUAUAACUUAUCUGGUAACGAUAUUCUCUUGGUUUUUGGUAUUUUUCGAGACAAGAUUUUUCCAAUCAACAAGAGGUUAGGUCGUUAGCUCAGUCCAGGUGUAGGAAUCAUCGGCUCGAUAGAAAUACUGGUCGGCAACUGGACUCACAAUUUAAAGGACUUCAGUUUGAAUCUCAGAUUGGAUGGGAGCUCAGGUGUAGAAAGAGAUUUGAAUUGUCUCACCGUUUCAAACCUUCGAGCACAAAGUUAGGCCCAGUAUAGGAACAUAUACCCUACUUGGUUAAUCCCUAUUCUGGUAUUAAUGAAAGAAGUUAAAAAUACUACGGACACUUAAUAGAGUCAGGGAUGCCCAAGUCAACCAGCUCUUCCUGAACCAAAAUACGUACACAGUUGAGGAUUUAAUAUUUAGUUUUAGAAUUUGGGACUUCUAGUAAUAAUAACACGGUGAGGUAUUCACAACUUUCUAAAUUUAACUUUGAUAUCAGAUCGCUCGUGACUUG